AAGGGACGAUCUUGACAACGUAGCGUCAUGUCCCCUUCGUUGGUAACGAAGACCCUGAUUCGCAUCUGCUACCACCAACCACAUUCUGUUAUAUCACAUUCACACAAGCUAAAUACGCUGCGCAGCGACCGACCGAGCCAUUUCGCAGAUUCUAUGCCUCAGUCUCGACCUACCACCAGUCAUAGCCACCAAGCAAGCAGACACCAUGGGCGAGAGCGAAACUGCAGAGGCCACAGCGCCAUCCGCAGUGCGCGAAAUUCAGAUCCGACAAGACCUCGCCAUCAACAAGUUCGGCUGGGCGAUACGAAUACCCGCCGGGAUCGACACGAGCACCGCCAUCACGCUAGUUACCCGCGUGCCGACUAAAGUGAAAUCAUGGCGACACGAGGCUGAGAAGCUGAAGGAAGAAGGUCUGGCGCCUUGGAGGACCUCACUUUCCCUGACUCCCGAGGAGCGCGGCGAGAACAUGAGCGGCGUCCUGGCGUCCCGGUGUCUUCUUGUCGGCUUCGCUCUGCCCGAGCUGGACAAGCUGUACAAGAGCACCUCGGCUCCAGCCCUCCAAGCGUUGGCGGGUACUCGCCCUGACCAUGAGCCCGCCGAUAUCAUUCCUCAGUCGGAGACCAUGACGCCCGUCAUGGUGGUUGCCCCGCUGCCGAACCUGAAGGAAACUGCUACCGGUAUGUGUCAUGUGCGUUGAUCAAAUUCAUCACAGUCGGUUUGGGAGUUGUUGGGUGUUGGAAGAUUCCGUUCUCCAUCCUCCAGUGCCCCCAGUAACGACAUAG